AUGCGAUUCCAGGUUGGCUCAGUGCGCCACGCGGCCCCGCGCCACGCCAUUGGCGUGCGUGCGCGCCACGCGCGCGCGGUCGCCGCCGCGGCGGGCAACCCGAAGAUCACCCUCCUCCCGGGCGACGGCAUCGGCCCCGAGAUCAUGGACGCGGCGAUGCGCGUCCUGAAGGCCGCGGGCGCCACUGAGGGCGUUACGUUCGACACGCAGACUGCGCUCAUUGGCGGCGCCGCCAUCGACGCCGCCGGCACCCCGCUGCCCGACGAGACGAUGGAGAAGUGCAAGAACUGCGACGCCGUCCUCCUCGCUGCGAUCGGCGGGUACAAGUGGGACGUCCUCCCGAACGCCGAGCGCCCCGAGCGCGGCCUCCUCGGCCUCCGCAAGGGCCUGGAGGCGUUUGCCAACCUGCGGCCGGCGGUGGUGCUCCCGCAGCUCGCGGACGCCUCCACGCUGAAGAAGGAGGUCGUCUCGGGCGUCGACAUCAUGAUCGUGCGCGAGCUCACGGGCGGCAUCUACUUCGGCGAGCCCCGCGGGAUCUCGACGGGGCCCGACGGGAGGCGCGUGGGGGUCAACACCGAGAUCUACACCGAGGACGAGAUCGCGCGGAUCGCGCGCGUGGGCUUCGAGACGGCGCGGAAGCGGCGCGGGAAGCUGUGCAGCGUCGAGAAGGCCAACGUCCUGGAGGUGUCUCAGCUGUGGAAGGACGUCGUGACGGAGCUGGGGGAGUCCGAGUACCCUGACGUGGAGCUGACGCACAUGUACAUCGACAACGCGGCGAUGCAGAUGAUCAGGAACCCGAAGCAGUUCGACACGAUCGUGACGGGCAACAUCUUCGGGGACAUUCUCUCGGACGAGGCGUCGAUGCUCACGGGGUCGCUCGGGAUGCUUCCAUCCGCGUCGGUGGGCGACGGCUCGCUGCCGGGCGUGUACGAGCCCGUGCACGGGUCCGCGCCGGACAUCGCGGGGCAGGACAAGGCGAACCCGAUGGCGCAGGUGCUGUCCGCGGCGAUGAUGUGCCGGUACUCCCUGGGCCUGGAGAGCGUCGCGUCGAAGCUGGAGAAGGCCGUUUCGGACGCGCUGGACAAGGGGUACCGGACGGGCGACCUCAUGUCGGAGGGGUGCACGCAGGUCGGGUGCGAGGAGAUGGGCGACAUCCUGGUCGCGCUCGUGCAGGACGAGUGA